AUGUCGAGUGUUGUUGAGUUUCGGGACGUCAAGUUGCGAACCCGCGCAGUUCUAGGAGGAAAUAAGAUCACUGCCAUCGAUGACGGGGGCCUUUGCAUACGCAUAGAGGCUAAAGACAACAAAUUUAUACUUCAAAACGAUCAUGUGGCAAUUUUGGAAGCCAAGAGGAAAUUCCAAUGUCUUGAAGAGGGUAAACCGAUCAUCUCAGACAAGUGUCUAGCCCAGAUGACAUGCGAGGCUCUGCUGGCUAGGGUUGUUGGUUUCGAUCAGACCCGUGAGACCGUCAUAGUCAUCCAUGCUACGCAGCACUACCUUUGCUUUCUCCAAUUUGAGAUUAGUGAUGAGUAUAUUGAGGAUUUUGGUUUGGACUUGCCAAGCUCAUUCAUUCCUGUGGUGGCCACUCCCUGGUACGACCUUAGCAGUGAAUCCAAUAGGAAACAGGUGGUCCUCAAUCUGUGUGCCCUCAUGCGUCGGGGAUGA